ACCAAAAUGUAAGUUAGAUGCACUUCAAAAAGUCGCAUUUCUUUGUAAAUUCUUUGGACUUAAAUUUUUUCUAUAGAAUAAGUUGAAGUUAUUAGCUUAGUCAACUUAAUCUCAGCAUCCAAAAAAAAAAAUUUUUUUUUACUAUUAAAGACAUUGUUGUUAAAGUUGUAAUCGGCCGUUUGAAACGGUAUGAUAUUUUUAUGUUUAGCAUGUGAUUUAAUUUGUUCAACUAUUACCCGCACACAUAAUUACGAUUCUUCCUAUAUAUGAUAAACCAAAUAUUCUUAAUAAGCUCACAUUGGAGCAGCAGGCAGAAUCAAUUGAAUCAAUUUGAGGAGGUCUAAAGAACUCUUAAAAACGGAUAAAAAGAAACUAAACUACAAAAAGACGGAAACCAGUAGAAAUAUUUCUGAGCGCGUUAGCUUAAUGACGCAAAAAUUAUAUCGAUCCAACCACUAACAUGGCCGCAACUAGUAAAAAACUUGUUCUUAGCAUCUGUGAGUUAUGCAUACGAGCGCAAUCGAUGAUCUCUAAAAUACUUCUUAUAACGAAAAGGUUAUAAUAAUAUCAUAAAUAGCUAUUAAAUUACAAGAGAAGGAAACUUUAGUAGUGCAAAAAUGCUUUCGAUCCGACCACCAGCAAUUGUCAUACUUUGUUUUGAAUUUAAGAAACCAAUCUAUCCAAAUCGAUCAUAGCUUUGCUAAUUACAGUUCAUACAUAUGUGAUCCCUUUAAAAAAACAUUGAAAGCAAGUAUAACAAUGUAGUGGCCCAUCAUUAAAUCCUACAUCCUAUACUGUGUCCUACAAUUAUUCAUAUAUCGACGUUUGAAAAUAAUGUGUUGUAUGGGAAAUGAUUCCGAACCACUUGUAACAACGCUCGCCCUUGGGCUAAAGCAUGUCCAUGUUGCGGUUGUGGUUCACUCAGAAAUUAAUUCUGAAUCCAUUGGUACAAUAGAAGGUGAGUCUAUCUAAAGUCUUUCUGGUUGUUGCAUGCAUUCACACAAAUUUAAUACAUUCUUGUACCAGAAGUCAUGUAUGGCAUAUAACAAAAAGCUGUAUUUGUCUUCAUGCUUUAAAUUGUCGAGUAACAGCUGUAAUGAACAAUUUGUAAAAUAAAGCUUGAUAUUUAUAACCGCAAUUCCAUUAACACAAAUGAGCUGGCAAUUAAUAAGACUUACUACGUCUACUUUCUCACGAGUCUUCGGGCUUACAGAGGCAACCCUAUCACGUACCAAAAACUUUCAAGCUUUCACUUUCUCUCGUCUCACUUUCUAGCAUUAACAUUAUUUCAAUCAUCUCAGCAUUCUGAGUAGUGAUAACAAAUAAAAUCAACCCUCGCCUGAAACCCAGUAAAAUAAAUGGCAAACUUUUUGACUCAUGCAGUCAGAAUUUUGCCUAAAAUAAGUUUUAAAUAAUAUUUUAAUAGAAUUUAAGCUAAUCUUCCUACUUAAGUAAAUGGCCAAUAAUAAGGAUUUAUAUGAAAUUUGGUGUAAAGCCUGUAAUCAUUAUGAUAUACCUGAAGACACUAUACGCUCAUGGUAUGACCGCAUACGCCUAAAACUCAGUGAAAGUGGCACUAAUCGUGUCUAUCAUAAUUGGUCGGAUAUGCUAAUGCAUAAACGCGAUGAACUACAAUUUUGUAAACCCCAUAUAGUCUUAGCUGCAUUCUUCCAAUAUUAUGAAUUCGAUUUGGAGAAAGCUUGUGUAGAAAAAAAUUGUCAAGUGUUUCGUGAAUUUUGUCAAGAUGCCAUGCUUGAAGAUGAACAAAUAAAAUUUUCAAUAUGUUGGCUAUUAGGGGAAAAAGUUACUUCUCCUAUGUUAACGACUGUGGAAGAAGAUGCAGCCAUUCUCCAAGAUUUGGACUUAAUUAUAUUAGCAGCUCCUGCUGAUGUGUACAAACGUUACGCUGAGCUUUCACGACAGGAAUGGACUGUUUUAAGUGAAUGUAAUUACAAUAUUUUAAGACGUAAGACUUUAAAUGCUUUAUUGGCUUUAGAUAUUUAUAAAACUGAAGAAUUCAGUGCCAAAUAUGCGAAAGCUGCUCGCGAUAAUAUUGAACGAGAAUUAAAAGAGUUAAAUUAAUAGGUCUUGCUAAACCUUUUAAAUCCAAAAAUCAUGAAGACUAAGUAGAGAUACUGUUAUGCUUGGGAUUUCCUUUUAUUUCCGCCAGAAUAUGGGUAUACUAGCCUUAUCAUAAAUAACAUGAGGAACAUCUAGGCGUACAAGCAUAAUUCUAUCAAUUAAUUUAUUUAUUUUUAUUAUAUGACCAAUCACUCAGGGGAUGUCCCCCUAUUCGUGACGGUCGGAAAGAAAAAGAGCGAUAGGCAAGCGGCCGCAGCCAUAGUGGCUUUGUGCCCAAUCGGUAAGUGUUAUUACCUUUACCGAUUAAGCCCUCGCUGUAAUUACGACCAAAAAAAGACUCUACCAGACGCAUUGAAAUCUGAAUCCGCAAAAGCAGAGUUAGUAGCCUCGAUUCUUACCUAUUCGGCUAAUCUUGCUACUCAGUUGCUUGUUUAGUUUUCAUUAUCUUUGCUUAAUUUUGUUUUCCAAGCAUUUCCAAGCUUCAAAAUGAAUACGUUUUUUUUCUUCUCAUUUAUCACCGUUAUUUUGUCACAUUUUCCCCACUACUUAUUUCCAAUUUUAAAAUGUGUAUGCCAUACACACAUACACACACACACGUAUAUGCAGAAUAAGUUUGAAAAAUAAACGCUAUCAUAUUUGAUGAUUGAUAUAAAUGACUUAGGUAUUGAUGGUAGUUGUUGUUUAAUGUUCUACCGAAGACGAACAAAGUUUUCUUAUUCCUUUUUACAAUAGCCUUGUAUAUGGAAUUUAUACAGAUUGAUUUUCAAUAAAAUUUGUUGAUAAAAAAAGAAAUUGUCAAUUUUUAUUUCGCAAUUUAUGAUGAAACAAGGAAAAUGAAUGCUUUAGCAGGUAAGUAAUGGAAAACAAAUUUAAAUUUCAAAAUUUACAACGAUUAUUAUUUUUUUUCUUUUUAAGACAUAAAAUAAUAUAUUUUAUUUGUUCAAUUAUCAUUCUAUUUAUUGCGCAUUUCUCACUUGACCUGGCUCUUUAUAGGCGCAUCUCUUAUAUUUCUAUAAUAUUAUAUAUGAGUAUCGGAUUUCAAACUUUUUAUUUCGUUAUUACGUUUAUAGCUUACGCUACUUGUGUGAACGUAUACAACACUCAGGAGAACUUCAGAAAUAUGUGCCAUUUAUUAUAUCGAUUAAGUCAGAUAAUGAGUCUAAGAUUGCCCGUUUCUCCGUUUGUCCUGUAUUUUUGUGCUCAACCUACUGGCCGCGAAUUCUCAAAUACUUUGAUGAAAUUUGAUACAUCGACUUGUUUUUGCCCAAGAACGAAUGCUAUUGGAAAAGUGGUGUCUUAUAAUAGCCUGUUAAGCGAACUGAUUCGGGGCAUUCAAUGAUGGGCCCUUGUCCACUCUAAUGCUUUCAUUCGUUUUUUUUUUAUAAAGAUAAUAGCGAAUGUAAUAUAUACCGGUUCGCCACUGUUAUCUUAGCAAAAAAGGAAAUAAAAGAAUGGAAUUUCGAUACUUUAUACUACAAGGUAGGCUUGACCAGUUUCUACUAGCUAUAGGAUUACCUAUAAAUGGUACGUGGAAAUUUUUAUGCAUGCGCCCGACUUAAGAGUAAGAGAAUUCUCUUUGUUUAUAUUGUAAUGCGCGAACAUCCUUUGACCAAUUUGAUCGUUUGCAGUACCAACCUGCGUGCAGGAAUAUCAAGUAUUUUUGCCAAAUUUGAAAAAACAACCAAAAAGCUUUGGGGAGAUAUAUCUUGAUCGAUUCAAAAUUCAGUAUUGAUAACGAAUAUAUAUUUACAUUAAUGUGGUCAUUGCAAAUCGUCUCGCAAAGGAAUUGUAGUCCCUAAUCUCACACCUACAAAAAAUUGACUACGAUAUACUUACAAUAAAAAAUGUAUGCAACAUCUAGAACUACUUCAGGUAGACUCUUAAUCUCUUAAGGUGUAUCAAUAAGAAAUAAUAAAAUGAUUUUGAAUCAAUUUAAGUCUACUUGUCCGGUGUUUUUAGUAUGUAACAUUUUUAAUAUUUCUCAAUGAAAAUCGAAAAUAACAGUGAA